CGGCCGUAGAGCGGGCCGCCCGCCAUUUCAAAAAUAACCGCGAACGUACCGAAACUUUCAGUGUGUUACAAAAAUAGUUCAUCAUUUUUUUUUGUGUUUGAGUGAGUUGACAAUGAUUUUGAAUGGGUGUGAAAAUCGUCAAAGUGGUUACACGUACAGUUAAUCAAAAUAAAGAUUUCGAUUUCAAACCUACUAAUAAAUAAAAUAAAAAAACUACUAAGAAUAACUACCCAGCAGUGGUAAAACGAAAAUGUGAUUUUUCUUGUGUAUCUACAUAAUCGGGGGUAGUUUUGAAAACUGUAUUAAAGUAGGGGAAAAAGAGAUAGAGAUAGUGGCUGAAGAAAAGAAAGAGAUGUCGCUAGUUGCACCGAGACAUGUCCAGCUGGAUUGGGGCCACGCUAUACCAUGGGAGCAGGAGCCGGGCUGCGAGAGGGAGCCGUCGUUCAAGCGCGCAGCCCCGCAGUCUUCCCACCAAUCAGAGUCAUCUUCGUCUUCCGCGGACACAGCAUCCCAGGGCUCCGGCUCGGAGCCCGCGCCGAGAAAUGAACCCCAGAGGGAAGUGCGGCAGGCCGAAGCGGCCAGCGCUCGAAGAAUCCAGCCGAAUCCGUUAUUAAGGUCCCGGACUCUCCCGAACUUCGGGGGAAACAGAUCCCGCGAGGCGUCACGUUGUGACACGUCGCGGCGCGCACAGCCCAUCACCAUGGCGACCGAGGAUCUGUUGCAGCCCGGACAUGUCGUCAAAGAACGAUGGAAGGUGGUGAAGAAGAUAGGCGGGGGUGGGUUCGGCGAGAUCUACGAGGGUCUGGACCUGGUGACGCAGGAGCAGGUCGCGCUGAAGGUGGAGUCCGCGCGCCAGCCCAAACAGGUGCUCAAGAUGGAGGUCGCUGUGCUCAAAAAACUACAAGGCAAAGAGCACGUGUGUCGGUUCAUCGGGUGCGGCCGCAACGCGCGGUUCAACUACGUGGUGAUGCAGCUACAAGGCCGUAACCUGGCCGAGCUGCGGCGCGCGCAGCCCCGCGGCGCCUUCUCUCUGUCCACCACGCUCAGGUUGGGCCUUCAAAUAUUGAAAGCGAUAGAUUCAAUACACUCGGUCGGAUUUUUACAUAGAGAUAUUAAACCUAGCAACUUCAGUAUCGGGCGUCACCCAUCCAACUGCAGAAGGGUGUACAUGCUGGACUUUGGGCUCGCGAGGCAGUACACCACCAGCAAUGGCCAAGUGCGACCGCCGCGCGCCGCCGCCGGGUUCCGAGGUACGGUUCGGUACGCGUCCAUCAACGCGCACAAAAACAAGGAGAUGGGUCGACACGACGACCUGUGGUCUCUCUUCUAUAUGCUGGUCGAAUUCGUCAACGGACAACUGCCGUGGAGGAAGAUUAAAGAUAAGGAACAAGUAGGAUUAAUGAAAGAGAAGUACGACCACCGUCUCCUUCUGAAGCACUUGCCGUCAGAGCUACGCCAGUUCUUGGAGCACGUGCAGCAACUGGAGUACGCGGACACGCCGGACUAUACCAUGCUCGCGUCUCUGCUCGAGCGCUGCUGCAAGCGGCGCGGCAUACGAGACACCGACCCUUACGACUGGGAGAAAGACACCGCGCCCGCCACCAGAGCGCGCGCGGCGCUCGCCGCCGGCGCCGACCACCAGCCCUCGCCCGACCACCAGCCGGACAAGGCCCGUCGGCCGCGCUUGGAAACGGAGGCGACGACGGCCGUGGCGACAGACACCCAGAGCAACAUGCCGCGCGACAAGCUGCCCAACGACAAACGCGCCGCGCCCGCGUCGCCGCGACACGCGCCAGCGCCCGUACAUCUCAAUGGAUACUCAGCGACGGACAAACCCACGCCAGAGAAGGAAGCCGAAGCCAGAACCACGCCCGCGCCCUCUCCCGACAGACAUGCGAAGGAACAAUCGAACUCAGCGGUAACCGGGCCCCCCGCGAACCGGCCCGAGAGGCAAAGCGUGCCCCCCUGCAAGCCGCGGGCCCCCGCGCCAGGAGGAGGCCCCACGCUGCUCCGGCUGCGCGUGGUCACCGCGCCUCCUACUUGCGUGCAAGAGUUAGCGCCCGCCACGCCUUCCGUCACAGGCGAAGCCAGCAGUCCACGCAUUACAGCCGACGUGGACAGCGUACACUCCGAUACACACUUCAAGAGAGGUCCCCGACGCACGCGCGCCCGCGCGGAUCAGAGCUACACGCAGUUUGCGGUCAUGGACGACGAAAACGUGUCUGCGCUGCAACAGGUGACGAAAGGCGGCGCUCUAACUCUGGUGUCGCUGUGGAAGUCCCAGUUCGACGACUCCGAGGAGACCACCGACAACGAGUGGAAGCAGGAGCAGUUGCAGUCGCCGGAGCACCGCAACACGCGGCCGGCCACGUCGGGCGUGUCGAGCUGCAGCAACGCGCCGCGCACGCAGCUGCCGCUCACGCACACGCAGCACACGCAGCACUCGCCGCCGCGCGCGCCGCCCACCGUGCAUUUAGUUAAUGAGGUAGAAAAGCCAGAGAAGACUGAAAAAACAGAAGUAGUGGAAAAGCCGCCGCCGAAGAGCACAAAAUGCUGCCUGCACAACGUGGGCAUCGAGGCGUUCCCGCGCUUGCAGCCCGCCCUGCCGCGCUGCUGGACCCUGCCCGCCAUAGGCAGUAUAGUGAGAGAGCUGCGACCGCCUCUGCUGCAGCAGGCGUCGUUCGACGACGGGUCGGGCGGCGCGCUGCGGUACAGGCUCGACGUGAUGCGCGGCGUGGCUGCGCGUGCGCACGGCCCCUCCCCCCCGCCACAGCGACAGCGCGCUCACAGUGCCCCCAGUAUAUCCCGGUCGUCGAACAGCGAUUCCCCCCCUCCAGCGCCAAAACCUCCCCCUGAAAGUACGGUGUCCAGUCGACUGGAGAUCCGAGUGCGACCGCCCGACAGCGCCUCCCCCAUGCACUCAGGUAUGCAAUCAGUGAAGAUCCACUCGGUGGUGAGCGGCGCGGGCGCGGGCGAGCUGCGCCUCAACCACGAAGACGCGUCCGUUUACUACGACGCCACCGAACACCAGAGAGACAAACGGUCGUCCACACGAAGUGGGGAAAAAAGCCAAAGUCCCGCCGUAGAAAGAACCCGUUUAGACGCAAUACAGGACAGAAGUACAUCGGCAAUAAGACGUGAAGCGGGCGGCGGAGACGGCUCCCAAAGCUUGAGAGAUAGGUCGUCAGGCAGCGGGUCCCGGAUCCCCGUGGCGACGCCGGGGUCGGGGUCGGGGUCGGCGACGCCGGCGGAGCACCGGCUCGCGAAGUGCGCCUCGUGGAGCGGGGACGGACCUUUGACGCACGACCCUGCUGACCUUACCCCUGCGCUACGCAGACGGCGGCAGAACGCAAGCGACAAGUACGCGCUGGACCCCGCGCGGGAACUGAACCUGCGGUUCGCGCGCCCGCGACACCGUCCCGCGCAACCUCACAACAGCGCCGCGAGCCGCUGCCGCAGUGCGGGCGUGGCGGGCACGUCCCCGCCCCCCGCCUCCGGCUCCUCCUCGUCCGGCUCGCCGCCUCCCGCGCCGCCCACCGCCCCCGCGCCGCCAGCCGCGCAGAACGCCGCACGCGCUCGUCGCUUCCGGCCACUCGGCGCUCGCGAACAUAACAAGGAGGAGUUACCCGCGCCCGUCUACAGCGCCGUCGGUACAGGACACCGGCUGUGACGUCAGAACGAGUAACUCUUGACGUUUGAACACGUGUAUACUCAACUCACUAUGAACAUUACUCUCACGCGAACCAACGUGCUAGCAGAGAUCUGAAUAUGGUAUAUAUCCAAUUAAUAGGUUAAUUUCUCAUUGAAUUGCCGUUCCCAUUGAUUGGUUAAUAUGUUAUCCGAGAUCUGAAUACACAAGUGUAUCCAAAUAUGUGGUUAUUUUCUCAUUGGAUUGUUAUUCCCAUUAAUUGGUUAAUGUUUCAAUUGGGUAAUGUGUUAGUCAUUACUGAAUACCUUAAUAUAUCUAAUUAAUUGGUUAAUUUCUCAUUAGAUUUCAAUUUCCAUUAAAUAAUGGAUUAAUAUGUUAGCCGAGAUCUGAAUACCUUGUAGUAUAUCCAAUUAAUGGUCUAAUUUCUUAUUGGACUGUUUCCAUUAAUUGGUAAAUGUGUUGGCUAAUAUCUAAGUACUCUAGUAUACCGAUCUAAUUAAUUGGUUAAGUUCUCACAAUUCCCAUUAAUUAGGUUAUGUGUUAGCCAAGAUCUAGAUCGAUUUUAGUCCUUAAUCAAGAAGUAAACUGUACUUUUGACAUGACAGUUGACACAUAGACCUAAAAUGGCGAGUGAGAUCUCAAAAUAUAUCACUAUACGUGCGUUUUUAAUAAGAACAUCGGCAAUGUCACUCCGCACCUCGCAUGCCCAUCAAACUUAACACUUAACUAAUUAAUGGGUUAUAUCCUUAGCGCAAUGGUUAGGAUAAUGAAAAUAAAAUCCUGGAAGGUGAUAGAAAAUUAAUCAAUACAUGACAAAUAUUUAGCUUAUAUUUCGAAUUUGUUUGGGGCAACUAUUAAAUAAAGGAACUAGUUAAAAAUGCACACA